CUCUCGACCAGACCCGGCCGCCGCCGGUGUCCGCCGACGAUAUUAUUCGCUCCACCGGCGUGACCGAGGAGGUGGCAGCCGUGCCGCGCCGGCCGGCCACCGCCGGAGGAGGCGGCUCCAGGGAUGGCCGUCCCACCCGCCGGGUCGCCAGGGUCACGUCGUCGGUGUCGGAACGGAUACAGAUCAGCACGCGCGAGCGACCCGCGGGUGCGGCGGAUACGGGGUCGACACAGGGCGCCGGUCGGCCGGCGGAGGGCGGACUGAGCCAGGGCGUCGGCCGGCCAGCCGUCUACCAGGACAUCAUCCGCUCGCUGCAGGGUCUGGCCGACCAGGACGUGGGCGCGCCGCCGGCCGAGCCGCCGGAGCCGACCGCCCGCACCGUCCGACUCAGUUCCGCUGUGGUGGGUCGGCCGCGGCCGGGACCCAACACCCGACCCGCUCCCUCCGCGCCGCACCAGAAGCCGGGCGUCAAGAAGACGACGCCGGCGGCACGAGACGAUGUGACCCAGCGGUAUCUAGCCUUUAUCGACGAGCUGAUUCAGGAGAAGCAGGACCUGGCGGGUCGGUGUGAGACGUUGGCCUCCCAGGUGGCCGCUCUGGAGGAGCGUCACAAACAGCAGCUGACCGCCCAGCGCGACCGGCACAGAGAGGAACUGCAGAGCUGCAAACGCUCCAUGUCGGAGGCCGAACGCAGCAAACGGCAGAAAUGGAUGGAGAAGGAACGCGAACGCAUCAAGGAGACCACGGCUCGCGGUGUGCAGCCUCAGAUCGAACAGAUGAUGAAGCAGCACGCGGAGGAGACUGCACGUAUCCGGCAGCACUACGAGUCUGUGCUGGCUGGCGGUCACAGCGGCCAGCUGGACGAGAUUCGCGGCCGGCUGAUGCGGGAGAAGGAGGAGGCCGUGGCCACCGAGCGACGUGACGCCGCAGCGAGGUUCGAGCGGCAGGCGGCGGAGCAGGCGGCGCAGCACGAGCUGCACUCGGCGCGGCUCACCGCAGAAGUGCGCGAGCUGAGGACUCAGCUGCAGGCGGCCGGCGCGGCGGCGGCCGCGCAGCGCGAGGAGGCGCAACGGGAGGCCGAGCGGAGGGUACGCGAGGCGCGCGACCACGCCGAGGAGGAGUUUCGCGAGGUGCGCCGCCGGCUACAGGACGAGGCAGAGACCAAGUGUCGUGAGCUACGUGACCGACUGGCGAAGGAGACGGAGGCGGCUCUGGCGCGGCAGAGAGAGGAGUUGGAGGCGGCCGCGCAGAGCCGACACCAGGCUGAGCUGCAGCGACUCAAGGACGAGCGAGACACCCGCCUGGAGGAGGUGAUAGAGCGUCUGGAGCGCGAGGUGCGCCGCGCCGAGGAGGGCGAGGCAGAACGGUCGGCGCUCAAACUCAGAAAGCUGGAGGAGAAGCACGCACUGGAUCUGCGCGCGCUGGAGAGUUCCGAGGAGCGCUUCAAAUCCAAGUACCUUGACUGCCGCGCGCAGCUGGCCGAGAGAGACGAGCAGCUGCUGGAGCUGCGCAGCCGCGUCACCCGAAAGGACGCCGAGAUUGCCGAGAUGAAACAGACGGCCGAGCUGAUGCAGCAGGAGCAGCAGCAGCUCGGAGAGGUGAUCGAGUCCGAGUUCCAGAGCCAGGUGGCCGAGCUGCGCCGAGCCGCCGAUAGGUGGCAGCAGCGUCUGGCGGACGCCGAGCGGCGCCAUCAGAGCGAGCUGGCCGAGCAGCAGCGACUGCUGGAGAGCUGCCGCCAGCAGCGGGAGGCCGACCUGCAGGAGCUGCACCGACAAAUAAAGGAGGCACUCUCCGUGAAGGACCAGAAAAUCGAGGAGCUGUCUGCCGCCAACCAGCUGAGUCAGAAGAAGAUGAAGCAGCUGGAGAAUUUGCUGGACAAGAUGCGUCUGGUGGGCUGCCGCUGCGGCGGUGGCUCCGGGAGGAACUAGCGCCGUGUGGUGUUUGUGUGGUGGUGUUUGGUGUGUUCGCUGAGAGCUGUUGUGUGUGUCCCACACCGCGUGUGUCGCGCCGAGCGCUGCUGUUUUGGGACUUGUGCUGCAGCCUCUAAUAUGUCGAAUGGUGUUCGGCUCGCAGCCUACUCCAUGGUGGUUCACGCAGUGAUAAGUGUGGUGUGUGCGUUUCACUCCAGUGUCGCCAGUAGUCGGGCCGCCGAAUAUCCGACGGGGCUGGCCCGGUGCCUCGCCGGGAGCUGUGGUGGGCUGAACCAGCGGCCCGACUGACCCGCCACAUGUGCCGUGCUCCGAUGAGCCCUGACCACUCCACACAUUAGGUGUUUGUACAUGUGCGUUCUGCGUCCACAGAAUGUGUCCAGCCUUCCGUCCACAGAAUGUACUCAGCCUUCCACCUUCGUCCACAGAAUGUGCUCAGCCUUCCACCUUCCGUCCACAGCGCACGUGCAGUGAAUCUAGUCUGGUCCCCGUCGGCGGGCGGUGGCGAAAUCACUCGCUAGUCUUUGUUCUAGUCAGACGUAUAAGCCUACGUCGCAACGCUUGUUUGGUGUCUCACCACAGUGCCAGCGUGAUAUUUCUCACACUGCCAGUACCAUUCGCUGUGUCACUGCUCCGUCCAGCUGAUGCUACCGCUAGAUCCCAAAAUAUUUACUUUAUUUAUUAUGUUAUGCCAAAGAUUGUUUGUCAUUUAUCCAAUAACUAAUCAUGGUCAUCAGUCAUAAUGUGUAGAGUGCCAUCUCCAUUUUCCAGAGUUUGACGUGGGGUGAUGCCAUCUCCGCGGCGACUUUUACCAUCCCUUCGAUGAUUCGUGUGGUGCAUGAUUCCUGAGUUCGAAGAGACUAGCCACUAGCCAGUCGAGCCAGUGGAACAUGACAGUGAAUUCGCGAGUGUAUUUCUUACGUGGUUUGCAGCAUACCAAUACAUUAAAUGAACUUC